UGAAGCUCACCUCCGGACAGAGCAGGCUCAGUCGUGUUUGGCUGUCGCUUUAAGACUGAUUUCCCCCCAUUGUCAAACAGUCGUGAGCAGGAAGAGGGAAACGAAAGCACAGACCGAGGGGGCCCGACGUAUUUAAACACGAUGCUGCUGCUGCCGCACAAUAACGGGGACCGGAGGAGGAGAGCGUCUGCAGCCCGCUCACUUAAAAACACGCACCGACACCGAGAUCAACACAAGUGAUAUUUUAAACCGGAUUGCCGUUUUCAUUGACAGUCAGUGAAGUCCCUGCAGGAUGAGACUUGAGAGUCAUGAGAGUGUCACAACGGGUUAUUGCCUCAGGAAAUGAUGACAGUGUCCUCCAUCAUCGCUUAGCUGCUUAGAGCGAAAUUGUCUUGUCUACGGCCAUUUCUGCAGGACUCUCUGUUAAUUUAACAAAAGAAAGGGCUAAACCGGCGUUUUGGAGACUGCAGGAGCAGGUGUGUGUCUUUCAGCUGCACAGGUAGCCGGCUGUGGACUCCAGCUGGACAUCAUAUCUGAGAUAUGUCAUCCGCUAUAGAGAGGAAGACACUGGAAGCUAAUGAGGAGCCGGUGGAUGAGGUCCUCCAGAUGCCACCUUCUCUACUGACCUGCGGUGGGUGUCAGCAGAGUAUCGGGGACAGGUUCUUCCUAAAGGCCAUCGAGCAGUACUGGCAUGAAGACUGCCUGAGCUGCGACCUGUGUGGCUGUCGACUGGGGGAGGUGGGCCGCCGCCUCUACUACAAGCUGGGGAGAAAACUUUGUCGGAGGGACUACCUCAGGCUGUUUGGUCAGGACGGUCUCUGUGCGUCCUGUGAGAAGAGGAUUCGAGCAUUUGAGAUGACGAUGCGUGUGCGGGAUAAGGUUUACCAUCUGGAGUGCUUCAAGUGUGCCGCCUGCCAAAAGCACUUCUGCGUGGGUGACCGCUACCUGCUCAUCAACUCAGACAUUGUGUGCGAGCAGGACAUCUUCGAGUGGACCAAACUCAACAAUAGCAACAUGAUUUAGCAGAGUGUUUUGGUCAACAUGAAGGAGCGUCACCCUGCCUUUCCCACUUCACUUCCCAGUGAAGGAACUGACAUUUUGCAGCCUGUGCAGGCUGUAUCAUGCAUCUGACAUUAAUAUGAAAUCAAAGAGUCAGCAUCUUUACAUUGCUCUAUACUCGAGACUGAUGAAGACUGCACCAGCAAUAACAAAAAAAGGUUGAUCCUUUAAUGCAAAAACAUGCUUAAAUACUGGAAAUACUUAAACAUGCAAUAAUUAUUGUUUGUUAAAAACGCUGGAAUCUUCUAACCUUAGCUAGCAAUUAACAAACAUUACAUUUCAAGUUUCUUGUAGUCUUACACUUUUUGAACACCUCAGUCUCUGUGAUCAAAUGUAAUUUUUUUAAAGGUUUUAUUUUAUGAAUUGCAAUUUCCUGAAACUUUACUGAAAAUAACUUUGUAAUUUGAUUUUAAUCAUAUUUUUAUUAAAUGUGUACCUGCGGACAAGCUAACAGCUAACCUGAUGCAAUGACUGACUUUACCUUGAAUAGUGUUAUAGCCUAUUUCUAUCAAAGUAAUGUCCCUAGUAAAUUAGAAAAAUAUCUGAAAAAUGUAAGACUUUUAAAAUGAAGUUUCAACAGAUUUUCACAUUGUAGAUGAAAGACAAGUCUGUAUUGAAAUCAUAAUGGUUGCACUGUUAGACCAGGUUGAACUGGUGGCGCCCUCUAGUGAUCGAUGGGUUCCACGCAAUACAAAUGUUACUAACUGGAGCUGUUUCCAGUGACUUUUGUAUUUGCUUCCCCUCUCUGGACAUGCACCCACAGCUUUUGAGGCAUUUACUUUUAAAUAAAUUUCAAUUUUGAGAAUCAA